AUGGCGACUGUUAGCAAUCCGCUUCGGGAUCCCAAUACUCUGAGCAAUUAUAAUAACUGGACAUCUACUCAUAUCUCUGCAAAUUUUGACAUUUUAUUUGAACAGAAAAAGCUUGUUGGGAAUGUUAUUUAUAUACUCAAAUCGACUACUCCCGCAGAAUGCACCGAUAUUAUUUUGGACACGAGCUAUGUGGAUAUUGGUGGCGUGAAAAUAGAUGGCAAGACCUCUUCCUGGGAACUUCUUCCUCGCCUGGAACCCUAUGGCGCUGCACUAAAGAUCAAACUUGAUCAGGGUGUAAAUCUAAAUGAGACCAUCGCUGUUGAUUGUACUUUCGAUUUCAAUAUAACUUCCCCACUGCCUGUCAUCGCCAGUGGAUUACCGGUUGAUAACCCCGCAGAAAAAUCGUCCCAGCCUGGUGAUAAGACCCUUUAUCAAUUCAAACAGAGGGUUCCUAUUCCAAGUUAUCUAUUUGCUCUUGCUAGUGGUGAUAUCUCGGAAGCAACCAUUGGACCCCGAAGUGCCGUUGCAACAAGCCCCGAUAAACUUCGAGAAUGCCAGUGGGAGCUUGAAGCGGAUACAGAAAAGUUUAUUGAUGUGAUUGAGAAAAUUGUCUACCCCUAUGUUUGGGCUGCGGUUCACGGUGAACCUUAUCGACAUUUCUCAGCUAUUAUUGGCUGGAAAGCACUUACUGAUUCUGUGGACCACUAUGGACAUGAUCAUGAAUUUACCAAACUAAUCACUGACCUUAAGGGGAAGGACCCUGACGAUGCAUUCUCAAGCAUUCCCUAUGAAAAGGGAUUUAAUUUUCUAUUCCAUUUGGAGACGUUGUAUUUCACAACGUUUAAAGGAAAAUCGCUCGAUUCCUACGAAUUCAAGGACGCUAUUUUGAGCUUUUUUAAGUCAGAUAUUGAGGCCACUGAACUUCUGAAAAUGCUUGACUGGGAUGCAUGGUUCUAUGCGCCUGGACUACCCCCAAAGCCUUCCUUUGAUACUUCUCUUGUUGAUGUUGUAUAUGAGCUAUCGAAAAAGUGGAAAUCGUUCCCCGAAUCGUUCAAACCGCAGCCAAGCGAUGUUCAAGAUUUGACCGCGAACCAGGUCGUGGUAUUCUUGGAACAAAUUCUGUUUGAGCACUUGCUCACACCUGAACUAUCCCAACUCUUGGGUAAGGUUUAUGGACUUGCUACAAGUGAGAACAUAGAGAUCGCCAAUCUGUAUUUCCAAAUAGGCCUGAAAGCUGGCGAUGAAAGUGUUCUUGGACCAACGGCAGAAUUGUUAGGAAAGGUUGGGAGAAUGAAGUUUGUGCGACCUCUUUAUCGCAACUUGCACAAGUUUGAUCGUGCUCUUGCGAUAGAGACUUUUGAGAAACAUAGAGACUUCUAUCAUCCCAUCUGCCGAGCUAUGAUUGAGAAAGACCUUUUUGGAACGAAAGGCCUAUAA